AUGCCUUAUUGCCUUGGAAAGUCACUAGGCCUGAUUGGCCGCGGACAAGAGCCACUCUCCUUUUCUCUUACCGGAAGCCCUACUCUUUGCACAAACACCCCUUACAUCUCAGAUCUCAACGCCUCGAGGCUUCUCGCUCCUUCGGAUCGUACUGAAGCAGAUAUCCGCUGGACUUCUCACGCCGAACAGGCCUGUGACCCGGAAGACAGCUUCAAAGAGCACGCUGUGUUAUGCCUUCCAUGCUGCCACCAUACCGAAGACAACCACCCCGGUAUGGAUGAUACUCCUUUGGAUGGAAAGGCUCGCAAUGCUCUUGAAGAGUAUUCCAAUUCUUUCGAUGAAUAUCGUCUGCUCAAGCGGAGGUUAUCUACGUUAACGCACUCGCCACGAAGUGAGAAGGCUGCAUAG